AUGAGACCAUUACUGGUGGUGGGGCUGUGGUUCUUGCCACUAUGCCUCAGCUUCUACCUGCCCGGCUUGGCCCCGGUCAACUUUUGUAAAAAGGAAUUCGCCAAGGCCACCUGCCCAAGUAAUGUGACGCUCUACGUCAAUAGACUCGACUCGGAUCGCAGUGUGAUUCCGUAUGAAUACCAUAGCUUCGACUUCUGUGUCGGUUCUGAAGAUGAAUCCCCGGUCGAAAAUCUUGGCCAGGUCCUCUUCGGCGAGCGCAUCAGGCCCAGCAUGUACAAGAUCGGCUUCGAGGAGGACACCAACUGCGCGGCAGUGUGUACCAAAAAGUACGACAACUCGGCCCAAGCCCAGGAUAAGAUGAGGCUGCUGCAGCGGGGGAUGAAGCUGAACUAUCAGCAUCACUGGAUCGUCGACAACAUGCCGGUGACGUUCUGCUUUGUCAACCAGCAGAAUGCUCAGAUCUGCACCACCGGCUUCCCGAUGGGCUGCUACGUCGGCAAGGACGGCAUGCAACACGAUGCCUGCGUUUUGGAUUCCCAUUUCAACCAGCCGGACAACUACUACAUCUUCAACCACAUGGACCUGGAGAUCGAGUACAGGGACAUGAGCAUGGACCCGAAUUUCUUGGAUGAGAAGGUCGGCGGUCGCAUCAUCGCAAUCCGCGUCCAGCCCCGCUCGAUAAAGCACGGCUCGACUCCGGACUGCUCCCCUACCGCCGCGCCGCUGCCACUCAAGGCCGGAAGUGCCAAUGGCGAGAUCACCUACACGUACAGCAUCAAGUGGAAGAAAACCGACAUCAAGUGGUCAUCCCGUUGGGAUUACAUCUUGAACUCGAUGCCGCACACGAACAUCCAGUGGUUCUCCAUCAUGAACUCGUUGGUCAUCGUCUUGUUCCUGUCCGGCAUGGUGGGGAUGAUCUUGAUGCGGACGCUGCACAGGGAUAUUGCUCGGUAUAACGAUGAGGAGGACGCCGCCGAGGAGUUCGGCUGGAAGCUCGUCCACGGUGACGUUUUCCGCUCCCCCAAGAAUGCCAUGUUCCUCUCCGUCUUUGUCGGAUCUGGAGCUCAAGUGUUGAUGUCCGUCUCGAUCACGCUGGUCUUCGCUUGCCUCGGCUUCUUGUCCCCCGCCAACCGCGGCUCGCUGAUGACGUUCGCCAUCUUCUUCUACGUCUUCUUCGGAAUCGCCGCCGGUCUGGUGUCAGCCAGGCUUUACAAGACGUUCAACGGGAUUCACUGGAAGACGAACUUGAUGCUGACCGCGUUCUUCGUACCGAGCAUCGUGUUCGGCGUGUUCUUCUUCACCAACACGCUCCUGUGGGCCAAGGGUUCCUCAGCUGCCGUUCCAUUCGGGACGCUGAUCGCCCUGCUGGCCAUGUGGCUGUUCAUCGCCACCCCGAUGACCUUCCUCGGCGCGUACUUUGGAUUUAAGAAACGUGGCAUUGAACAUCCGGUCCGAACCAACCAGAUUCCUCGUCAGGUCCCCGAACAAACCCUGUACACCAAGCCGCUCCCCGGCAUGCUGAUGGGUGGUAUUCUACCGUUCGGCUGCAUCUUCAUCCAGCUCUUCUUCAUCCUCAACUCCAUCUGGGCCCAUCAAACGUACUACAUGUUCGGCUUCCUGUUCCUCGUCUACGUCAUUUUGAUCAUCACCUGCUCGGAGGCCACGAUCCUGCUUGCGUAUUUCCAUCUUUGUGCUGAGGAUUACCACUGGUGGUGGCGCUCGUUCUUCACCUCAGGCUUCACGGCCGUCUAUCUGUUCGCCUACUGCGUGCACUACUUCACCAGCAAGCUGGUCAUCUCCGGUGUCGUGUCGACGAUCUUGUACUUCUCCUACACCGCCAUCUUCGUCUUCCUGUUCUUCUUGGCCACUGGCACAAUCGGCUUCAUCUCCACCUUCUUCUUCGUCACCAAAAUCUACGGAUCCCUCAAAGUUGAC